AUGAGGCCGUCAUCCGCCCUCCUCUCAGCAGCCCUGCUCUACCAGCAGACCACGGCGCUGACGAUACCGAUCCCCUCGAUACCAAUAACACCAACGACACCGCAAAAGCUCAAGGGAAACCCCAACCGCGACAGAGACCUCUCGAGCCUCCUCUCCGGCUCCUUUGAGGUCCUCGACCGCGUGCCGGGCCUGGUGGACAAAGUCGUCAACACGACGCUGCUCGUCGUCCGCGCCCUUAGGGAGACGGUGGCCGAGAACGGCAUCACGCAGAAUGACCUCGACAUGGCCCUCGGCAUCAACGGCACCACGGGCAUGCCGCUGCCUCUCGCCGGGAACACCACCCGCGCCGUGACGUGUCCGGACGUGGCUGUCCUGUUCGCCAGGGGGACCAAUGAGCCUGGCAACGUGGGCUUCCUCACCGGCCCCCCCUUCUUCGACGCCCUCCGCACCUACAUGAACGGAACAGGCUCCAUCGCAAUCCAAGGCGUAAACUCCUACCCCGCCGACCCGCCCGGCUUCUUCGCAGGCGGCUCCGCCACGGGCGCCGCCUUCGCCGCCCAAGUCGCCUCCCGCACACUCUCCGCCUGCCCAGACACCCGGCUCACGGUAUCGGGUUACUCCCAGGGCUCGCAGGUCGCCCGCCUCGCCGUGGCCCAGCUGCCGGCCGACCAGCGCGCGCGGCUCUCGAGCGUGGUGCUGUUUGGCGACCCCCUCGGCGGGAAGGCGAUUGACGGGGUCGAUGCGACAAAGUUGCUCGUUGUGUGUCAUACGGGGGAUAAUAUCUGCCAGGGGGGUGAUUUCAUCUUUAAUACGCAUCUCGAUUAUAGUCUUGACGCGCCGACGGCGGCGUUGUUUGUGAUGCAGAGGAGUAAGCUUGGGCUUGCGAGUCGCGAUGCGCAGAAUGAGGGCAUGGGGGGGACCAUGGUGGGCACUGUCCAGGGGAUCAUGCAUUCUCCCAAGGACGGGAUAGCGAGUGAUUGA